AUGCUACACAGGCUCAUUCAUAGCCAUUUGUUUCUAUGUACAUAUGUGCUAAGUAUUCAAAUAGUAGCUGCAACGGCAGCGGCAGCGGCCACGACAAAUGCAUAUUCAAGGUUCAAUUCCUCAUUCACACCUGAUCAUCUAAGGUAUCUCAAGAAUGAAACCAAAGCGUUAUUUCAACACGCUUGGUCCUCUUACAUUAAUUAUGGAUUUCCAGCAGACGAAGUACGACCGUUGACUUGUGAGCCGUAUGGUCCAGAUUACAAAGAUGUGACGAACACAGUUAGAAAUGAUGCAAUGGCCAAUAUUUCGCUGACAAUGCUCGAUAAUCUUGAUACACUAAUCAUUAUGGGGCAAUGGGAUGAACUUGAGAGUGCAUUGAAGUAUUUAAAGACUAACCAAAAAGAAUUUUUUAAUCAAGACACAAUUGUCCAAGUUUUUGAAGCAACGAUUCGAUUCUUGGGAGGCUUGCUCAGCACUCAUUUGAUUCUCACAGAUGUCAUAAAAGUCGAUGCUUUAUCAUCUUCAGCAUCAACAACAAAAGCAAGGUCUGCGCCACCACCACCACUACCGCCUACAUCUUUAAACAGACUUCGAGAAAUUUCCGCAAACUACGAUGGUUUCUUACUAGGCAUGGCCCAUGAUUUGGGGUUACGAUUAAUCCCGUCAUAUCGGACAAGAACCAAUAUUCCAGUUCCGCGUAUCAAUUUGGCUAAGGGAUUAAAAGAUGUUCCUCCGCCAUUACAAAAAGAUGCAUGCACUUCGGGAGUCACCACUCCGGUUUUGGAAUUCACGUUGCUUUCAAGGCUUACUGGUGAUUAUCAAUUCGAGUACUAUUCCCAGCUAGCAUUCUGGAAAAUCUGGUCUUCCAAACUGCAGCUUAAUUUAUUACCCAUGACAAUUGACCCCUUUUCAAACCAAUGGAAGGACUCAAUCACUGGUAUAGGUGCGUCGAUUGACUCGUUUUAUGAAUAUGCUGCGAAGAGUGCAAUAUUGUUUGACGACGAUCAUAUGUGGUCUGUUUUCAAAACAUCAUAUCAAGCAUUGCUUACACAUCUGGCACAGUCCGACGAAGGAAGUAUGAUUUUUCCCAACAUCAAUAAUCAAGAUGGUGUAUUAUUCAGUGAUUGGAUUGACUCGUUGAGUGCAUUUUGGUCAGGAUUACAGGUAUUGACGGGGCAGCUUACCGAUGCAAUCAAAACACACGUCGUGUAUCUAAAGAUCUGGGAUCAUUUCGACUCUAUACCAGAGAGAUGGAUUUAUUCGCAUCGCAAUAGCAAAAAGAAUAGGAGAAAAAUAUACAGAGCCGAAGAUUCAAUUGAGCUUGAGUGGUACCCAUUGAGACCUGAGUUUAUUGAAAGCACAUAUUAUUUGUAUCGAGCCACUCGAGACCCAAUGUAUUUACAUAUUGGUGAGCGCAUUCUUUAUUUGUUUCAAAACACAUACAAAGCACCCUGUGGUUUUAGUGGAUUUCAGGAUGUGAGGACGGGACAAAAACAAAAUCGAAUGGAGACAUUUGUUUUGGGAGAGACCUUGAAGUACCUCUAUCUCUUAUUUGACGUUGAAGAUGAAGCAAUUUUGCACAAUAAAGUAUUGAUGCGUGGCAAGAAUUGGAUUUUCUCUACUGAGGCGCAUCCAUUAUGGUACCACAAGAAUCUCUAUAAUAGAUCAGCUCAAGGUUUUUUGGGUGCUGCAGGUGAAGAAAGCAAAAUAAAUCCGGCAAUAAUACGAAACACAACUAUUGUUAAACCCGAGUUGUUUGAGAUUCCAGACGGGGGACUGAAUGCACUUGCGCAUGUUACCAAAAAAGAUCCGUACGGGUCCAGAUUUGAUACUUGUCAAUUGAAUCCAUUGGGAAAAGCGCCAAACUCGUUUCUCGAGUCGAGUUUUUAUAAUUGGGAUCAUUUAUUUAAAGCAGAUUAUACAUUUCAAAACUCAUUAAAAAAACCUAGACAUGUUACUAGGACCAAUUUGGAUGGCAGUUAUAUCGAAUUGAGUCGCUCGUUUUACGACAAGUUUACCAUGUUUCAAACUCCAUUAAUUUGCCCUAGAAUGCCAACAACUCAUGUGUAUGAAAUAUUCUGGGGAGAUAUAAAGGAGGCAACGAGACUGGAAGUCUCAUUGCUUAAAGUAAGCGAUGACGCAACUGAAAAUAAGAUAAUAUAUAAUGACGAUCUUUGGGUUCCCAAUCUUCUGGGGUUGAGAAUCCAAUUCGAAGAGUUAAAAGUUGAUGACAUUGAUGCUAAGAACAAAGUGAUAACUAUUGACUACUUGCAUUUACUACUACAUGGUCUGAAUAGUACGCAGCCUGUAGAUACCGGUUUAAAGGGGUUACGAGUGAGAAGAGUGAAUGGAGUUGACGUAAAAUUAGGAGCAGCCGUAUGGACAUUACCUUUUCAAGUCAAUGAAAAGGACAAGGAUACAGUGCAGGUCACCGAGGGAGGGAGAGUGGUUCUUGAAGGCAAAAUUGUGGAGAAUUUGAUGGUGUGGUAUGGAUAG